AUGGCCGCCCGCCGGUCCCUCGCACGUACUAUCCCCGCUCUCCGCGCCCUUCCCCGCACGCCCGUCGUCGCCGGAGCGGCAUCGGCUCGAUCUCUCACCACUGCGACUCCAAUUGCUCGUCUGAGCUCCCAGAGCUUGGUCUCUACCCCUGCGGCAAUGUCUGCUGCUCGCAGGCUACACGCCACGGCCAAGCAGCUUACCCCUGCCACUACCUCGGCUGCAACCACGGCUACCGAAUACCCGACCGACCACCAACCCAUUGCCAACCCCGUUGAUACCACCAACUUCAUCGACAAUGAGUUUGCGACUUCCAAAGCCACCACCUGGAUUGACCUGCAUGACCCUGCCACCAACAAUCUUGUGACUCGGGUACCGCAGAGCACCGAUGAGGAGUUGCAGGCUGCCGUGAAGUCGGCCGAGAAGGCCUUCCCCGCGUGGAGGGCCACCAGCAUCAUGGCAAAGCAGCAGAUUAUGUUCAAGUUCACCAACCUGAUCCGUGAGAACUGGGACCGAUUGGCCGCAUCUAUCACCUUGGAGCAGGGCAAGACCUUCGCCGAUGCACGUGGUGACGUCCUACGUGGUCUGCAGGUUGCCGAGACCGCCUGCGGCAUCACAACUCAGAUGCCCGGUGAGGUCCUGGAGGUGGCUAAGGAUAUGGAGACCCGUAGCUACCGCGAGCCUCUGGGUGUCGUUGCUGCCAUUUGCCCAUUCAACUUCCCCGCUAUGAUCCCCCUUUGGUGCAUACCUAUUGCCACCAUCACCGGUAACUGUCUGGUCAUGAAGCCUUCUGAGCGUGACCCCGGUGCUGCUAUGAUCCUGGCCGAAUUGGCCAAGGAGGCUGGUUUCCCUCCCGGUGUCAUCAACAUCGUGCACGGCUCUGCCCGCACUGUGGACUUUAUCCUUGACGAGCCCGCCAUCAAGGCUAUCAGCUUUGUCGGCAGCAACCGUGCUGGUGAAUACAUCUACACCCGUGGCUCGGCCAAUGGCAAGCGUGUUCAGGCCAACCUGGGCGCCAAGAACCACGCCGCCGUCCUGCCCGAUUGCAACAAGAACCAGGCUCUGAACGCUAUUGUUGGCGCUGCCUUCGGUGCUGCUGGUCAGCGCUGCAUGGCCCUGAGUACCACCGUCAUGGUUGGAGAGACUAAGGAAUGGCUACCCGAGAUUGCUGAGCGCGCCAAGGCCCUCAGCGUCAACGGUGGCUUCGAGGAGGGUGCGGAUCUGGGCCCUGUCAUCAGCCCCGAGAGUAAGAAGCGUAUUGAAGACCUCAUUGCCAGCGCUGAAGCUGAGGGUGCUACCAUUCUUCUUGACGGCCGUGGCUAUAAGCCCGAGAAGUACCCCAACGGUAACUUCGUCGGCCCCACCAUCAUCACCAAUGUUACUCCGGACAUGAAGUGCUACAAGGAGGAGAUCUUCGGCCCCGUCCUUGUCUGCCUCAAUGUCGAGACUCUGGAUGAUGCUAUCAACCUGAUUAAUGCCAACGAGUACGGUAACGGUGCUGCUAUCUUCACUCGCUCUGGUCCCACAGCUUCCAAGUUCCAGAAGGAAAUCGAGGCCGGUCAGCUCGGUAUCAACGUGCCCAUCCCUGUUCCUCUUCCCAUGUUCUCUUUCACCGGCAACAAGAAGAGUAUCGCCGGUGGCGGUGCCAACACCUUCUACGGCAAACCCGGUCUGCAGUUCUACACCCAGCAGAAGACUGUGACCAGCCUGUGGAAGGCCGAGGACGCCGUUAGCACCAAGGCCCACGUUGUGAUGCCCACUCACUCGUAA